AUGACGUUGUCCAUACAGCUCACAGAAUUUUCAGUGAACAUGUCUUCGAGUGUCUUUAAUUUGCUUGUAGUGAAUAUUAUCUUCUUCGUUUACAAAAUUGGCGAAUCCAUGUUGGAUACGACAACAAAGCCUUAUCUCGUCAGUGCAGUCUGUUAUGAACUAAUCUCAUACAAAGCACAUGGAAAUCAGACGAUGUGCACCGACUUCGAGGCUACACCUGAACUUGAAGAUCACAUGCAGAGGCUUUCCGGAAAUUAUCUGAUUUACCACCGAUUAGUUUUGAAUAUUCCCGCCAUACCGCUUGCACUUCUGUGUGGGUCAUACAGUGAUAGAUAUGGAAGAAAAAUACCCAUCUUUCUGCCAAGUCUCGGUAGUGUCUUUGCGGUGAUGUUUUAUAUAUUGAGCGAUUUGGUGCCGAUGUACAGGAUAUCUUUGAUAUACUGUGGUCUUGCACUACAGGGUCUUUUCGGUAAGAGCUCUGUAAUCACAAUGGCAGUAAACAGCAUCGUUUGUGAUCUUUCCAACUCAUACAAUCGUACUAAAAACAUGGGCAUACUCUUAUCCGUCAAUUUCAUCGGAGUGUGUAUAGGCUCGCUGCUCUCUGGUUUGGUGCAGGACGUAUUUGAUCUCAGCAUAACAUUUUUGAGCGCCACGAUCUUUCACGGAGCCUCAAUUCUGUUUACAAUCGUUCUACUCGACGAAACAGUAGAACAGAAACACGAGUUGAAGUCAAAGGCUACAAAAUGUGAAUUGUGUGAAGUAUUCCGACCUUCCAAUCUUAUGGACGCUCUACAAGUUAUCAUCAAACCUCGCUUUAUGAACAAUAGAAGAAUCAUUAUCUUACUUUUGGUUAUUUCCCUCGUGACUCAAACCUGUAGGGCAGGAGAAGCAGACGUUAAUCUUCUUUUUAUUACAAGAAGUCCCCUUAACUGGCCAAAGUCUUGGUAUGGCUACCUCGUGGCUUUAGAAUAUUCUGUCAAAGGCCUUGGUUUGUUUCUACUGCCAGUGUUCUCAAAUUAUCUCAUGCUUUCGGAUGCCACGAUUAUACUGUUAGGAAUUGUGUGUAAAUUGAUUCGUUUGAUGUGGGCGGGGUUUUGUAACGCCUCCUGGAUGGUCUUUGUGUCGGUUGCUAUUGGAUCCAUGGCUGGUAUGAUAACUUCCGCUCUUCGUUCAUUGAUCAGCAAAAUGGUUGACACUGAUGAAGCGGGGAAAAUGUUUGCAAUUUUAUCAGUGGCCGAGACUUCUUCUAAAUUCUUAGGGUCACUAAUAUUCUUGAAUAUUUAUAGUUUCACUGCACACAUUUUCCCUGGAACAGCCUUUCUGGUAGAAUCAUUUAUAUACUGUUGUUUGUUAUUGGCUCUCAUCACUGUAUUCAAACCUCUGAGAACUGUACAGUCAACUGAUUCACAUUAUGUGAUUCUGAAGUAG